GAUCUGAGUCCAGAUUACCCAGAAUGCUUAGAGAGUCAGAGGGAGGAUGAGGAGGUGUUGGAGGGUGAGGAUGAAGAGCAGAGGAGGAGCAGCAGAGAGGCAUUUGUGAAGAUCACACUGAACUUCUUGAGGAGAAUGAACCAGGAGGAGCUGGUUGAUCGUCUGGAGAGAAAACGUUUUGCUCCAGUUUGUCGACGUGAACUUAAAUCUAGUCUGAAGGAGAAGUUCCAGUGUGUGUUUGAGGGGAUUGCUAAAGCAGGAAACUCAACUCUUCUGAAUGAGAUCUACACAGAGCUCUACAUCACAGAGGGAGAGACUGCAGAGGUGAAUGAUGAACAUGAGGUCAGACAGAUUGAAACAGCAUCCAGGAAACUAGACAGACCAGAAACAACCAUCAGACCAGGAGACAUAUUUAAAGCCUCACCUGGAAGACAUGGACCAAUCAGAAGAGUGAUGACAAAGGGAGUGGCUGGCAUUGGGAAAACAGUCUUAACACAGAAGUUCACUCUGGACUGGGCUGAAGACAAAGCCAACCAGGACAUCCACUUCACAUUUCCAUUGACUUUCAGAGAGCUGAAUGUGUUGAAAGAGAGAAAGUUCAGCUUGGUGGAACUUGUUCAUCACUUCUUCACUGAAACCAAAGAAGCAGGAAUCUGCAGCUUUGAAGAGUUCCAGGUUGUGUUCAUCUUUGACGGUCUGGAUGAGUGUCGACUUCCUCUGGACUUCCACAACACUGAGAUCCUGACUGAUGUUACAGAGUCCACCUCAGUGGAUGUGCUGCUGACAAACCUCAUCAGGGGGAAACUGCUUCCCUCUGCUCACCUCUGGGUAACCACACGACCUGCAGCAGCCAAUCAGAUCCCUCCUGAUUGUGUUGACAUGGUGACAGAGGUCAGAGGGUUCACUGACCCCCAGAAGGAGGAGUACUUCAGGAAGAGAUUCAGAGAUGAGGAGCAGGCCAGCAGCAUCAUCUCCCACAUCAAGACAUCACAAAGCCUCCACAUCGUGUGUCACAUCCCAGUCUUCUGCUGGAUCUCUGCUACAGUUCUGGAGGAUGUGAUGAAAACCAGAGAGAGAGGAGAGCUGCCCAAGACCCUGACUGAGAUGUACAUCCACUUCCUGGUGGUUCAGACCAAAGUGAAGAAGGUCAAGUAUGAUGGAGGAUCUGAGACAGAUCCACUCUGGAGUCCAGAGACCAGGAAGAUGAUUGAGUCUCUGGGAAAACUGUCUUUUGAUCAGCUGCUGAAAGGAAACCUGAUCUUCUAUGAAUCAGACCUGACAGAGUGUGGCAUCGAUAUCAGAGCAGCCUCAGUGUACUCAGGAGUGUUGACACAGAUCUUUAAAGAGGAGAGAGGACUGUACCAGGACAAGGUGUUCUGCUUCGUCCAUCUGAGUGUUCAGGAGUUUCUGGCUGCAGUCUACAUGAUUCACUGUUACACCAACAGGAAGACAGAGGUGCUGGAGGACAUCCUGGGAAGAAACUACAAUGACUCAUCUCUGGAUGUCUUCCUGAACAGAGUCAUGGAGAAAUCCCUGCAGAGUAAAAAUGGUCACCUGGACCUGAUGGUUCGCUUCCUUCAUGGCGUCUGUCUGCAGUCCAACCAGAGACUGUUAAGAGGUCUGCUGGGUCAGACAGAGAUCAGUCCAGAAAUCAUCCAGAGAGCCAUCAACAACCUGAAGGAGAUGAACAUGUCCAACAUUUCUCCUGACAGAAACAUCAACAUCUUCCACUGUCUGAUGGAGAUGAACGACCUCUCAGUUCAUCAGGAGAUCCAAGAGUUCCUGAAGUCAGAGAACAAAUCAGAGAAGAAACUCUCGGAGAUCCACUGCUCAGCUCUGGCCUACAUGCUGCAGAUGUCAGAGGAGGUUCUGGAUGAGUUGGACCUGAAGAAGUUCAACACGUCAUGGGAGGGACGACGGAGACUGAUUCCAGCUGUGAGGAACUGCAGAAAGGCUCAAUGUUGGCCAUUGUUCUAAACAGGACGGUAUGUGAGCUGAGAGAGGAUGAGCUGAGUCCUGAUGAUCCAGAGGUUGAAUCAGCAGCAGCUUGUGUGUAGAGAGACUCUGACUGGACCAUGUUACUGGGAGGUGGAGUCAAGAGGAGAGCUUCAUCCACAUGUUUCUCCAUGUCAGACCAGUGGUGUAGUCUAUGUGAUACGCAGCGUUCACUUUUGGACCAUGGGGGCUUCCGUCAAGCGUGACGUGGACCCGACGUUAACUACCAAGGAAGCAGUGAAGUUGUGCGGCGGGAACGAAUCGACAACUUGAACUGGUCCAACGCUCGUCAGUGGAGAAGGAAUGUGGAGAAAAAACAAUGAGAAGAAAGAAAAGGAAGCCCAGUGACACUAUUUGAGAUGGUAGGGAAGGAGAGCUGAUGACGCUGUCGUCCUACCUGGUUGUGUAUCUGCACUGCAACAAAAAUCCACUGGCGUCCUCACAGAGGAAAGGG